UCAUAAAUCACUGCAGUGUUUCCUUAUUUGCGUAGUCAAAUCAGGACAACGAUUAAAGGUUAUGAAGCAGAAGAGCAUAUCAGUGCAGGUUUAGAGACCAAUAACGGUGUGAGAUAUACUGAACACUCAUCGAGAAUCCAUCACAGCUGCAUGAGGAAACAACAAGGGACUUGUUAAUCUGGACACAACUGGGUUGUUUAUUCAACGCUGAUGACAAACAGAGGUACAGUGAGCCCAACCUGAACAGAACCAGGCCACAGAUAAGCAAACUGAUUUUUCAGGACGAUGUCUGUGCCAACCAGAAUUGUCCACAAGAGGAGGGCGACAAUCACAGAUCUGCCUCUCUACUACUGUGGACAACUGAGGAAGAAACUACCCAAGGAGAAGGAUUUCAAGAGAUACUAUAGCGAGCUCCGAGGAGCAACUCUGUUUCUGUACAAAGAUGACACUCAGGAUACAUACAUGGAGAAGCUGGACCUCGGGCAGCUGAAGUCCAUGGAGUUAAAUUCUCCCUAUGAGAAGAAAACACCAACCAUCUUCACACUCACGCUGCCGACAGAGGAGGUGCAGCUAAAAAUGGACAACUCCGACACAGGAGAGGAGUGGAGAGGCUACAUCCUGACUGUGGUUAAUAAAGAGAUUCCCAGUAAGCUGCAGCUGCUGCCAGGCCAGAUGUUGCAGCUGAAGGAGGCUCUGGAUAAGGAGAGGCAAAGAAAUCCCACCACGCCACGGCCAGCCCUUCCACCCCGACCACACUUCCUCCGCACACCCUCCCCCUUCCAAUCCCCCCUAGCAUGUUCCUCCCUUUCCCCUUGCCCCUCUGCCUCCACCUCCUCCUCCCCCUCUGCCUCCGACUCGGCCUCCACCUUGGAUUCCCCCUCUGCCUCCGACUCCACCUCCUCAACACCGCCCAAAGACAAGCCUGACAACAGCAGCCCUGAGAAUCCUGCGUGUUUUUUCAAUGUGUCUCGAAAAGAGGCUGAGCGUAUGUUGGGGGAGAACCCCGAGUAUGGAAGCAUCAUCCUCCGCCCGUCCACCCUGGCCAACAACUACGCCCUGACCCUCAGACAACAGACGCCCAGUGGUCCCAUCAUGAAGAACUUCAGAGUGACCUCCACAAAUGUAGGGUUUGUCAUUGAACUGGACACAGCAGUCACAGUCUCCUCCUUGAAUGAAGUCCUGAAAUACUUCCUUGAAAAGACAGAGUAUCGGCUUUACCCCUACAUGGUAUCUCAGCCUUACGACACUUGCAUCGACAUGUCUCCUAUCUCAAAGUGCGUCAACAUCUCCUCACCUAUACUUAAAACCAUACCCAAAGCCCAAGUGGCCCCUAUGCUGCGUUCAGAGGCCAAAAGAGAACUUCAGUCGCCUCCAACAAACCAAGACGAGGGAGAGUACGUGUUUCCAGAUGGUCAUGGUACGAACCUGAAGUCAGUUGAGGCGGAUGGAGAGCUACAGGUUUUAAAGUUACAGAGAAAAAACCUGUACACCAACCGUGAGACUGAGAAAGUCACCACACACGAGAAUCCGAGCAGUGAGAAAACCCAGUCAGCCGCUGUGCAGUGGCAAAGACCGCAGCAAUGCGAGGCAUGUAGUCCGCUGUGCUCAGUAAGGACCGCAAGCUUCUGAUUUAAUGUCUAACCUGUAACGUCAGCUGGGAGAUUGCACGCUUCUGCCACUUUUAGUGUCUUUCAGAAAUUGUACUGAGCAGAAUGAACAAGAAAGGUUGAUUGGAAUGACAAAAGUAGUAAUCGAAGUUUCUAAACUGUAAUGAUGGCACUAGAUAAAAACAGGGAAACAACUUAAUUACAACUUAUGCUUUGGAGAAGAUGAAAGUACCAAAUUUCUUCUCAAACUCUGUAUUUUGAAUCUGAACCUUGAGCCAGUCGUUUGAGACACCCUGCCACUUGAAUACAGUAGUGAGUAGGAUUCGAGAGAAGAGCCACUAGAUUUGUAAAGAUGAGAAUAUAAUUUCAAGAAGCUAACGAUUAGUUUUAUAUCAACUCAAAUCAAUCGAUCAGUUACAUGUGAUACGGAUGUUUUUUGUCUCACACAAGGGUUAUCAAGUUUUCUUUUUUGAUCAAUAAUCGUGUUUUAAAAGUUCAAAAAUGAACAAUACAUCAAAAUACUUAUACAUGUCAGAAUGAUUGUCCAUUUUUUAGAUGAAAGAAUGAUCAAACUGUAAAUACAAAACUGCACGGGUUAAUCUUACGUUUCAGUUUUUUUGUUCAAAUGCACAGAAAAAGAAUAAAAACAUGAUCCGGGAUGAUCAUUAUUCUUUAUUUUCCACACAUAGGAGUAAGCCAACAUAACUGUUUUGAAUAUUAUAAUCAUAUAUUUGUAUAAGUUAUUCCACUUAGACUAAGAUUCUUACUUUUAUAUAGGUUUAAAGUUUUAAAGGAAUCAUUCAUCACUCAGUAAAGACAGCAAGACUGUGAAAAAUAUUCAAUAAAAAAAAGAAAAGAAACUCCCUUCUGUCUCCUCCUUGACUGCAGUGUGUUUCAGGGAAUCCACCUCUUGUCAUUCAUCCCUCCCACCUCACACUUCUUACACUCGUAGCAGCCUUCGUGUGAGAAAGACACAUAAAAUAUCUGUAAUAACUUAACAUCUUAGGAUUUAAAAGAUAAAAACAGAAUAAAUAAAGAAGAUUGUUCCCCAAUGAAGAAACGCUUCCAUUGUUGUUGUUGUGACAUUACUUCUCGGUGAGUGACAGCUGCAGGAUCCUCUCCAGCUCAGUCUCUUCCUCCUUCUGCUUCCUGUGACACAAAUAAGUACAAAAUAUACUUUUACUGUCUUUUGUCAUCGCUGCUGUUGCUGAUGCUGCGGUCGUUUGCACACUUUAAACCUGUAUUUUAUAAUUAUUUCAUUUUACUAGAAUGUUGUUGUUGCUUCUGAGCUUGGGUUUCAGUAAACAAACACAAGAACAGACAGUUGUAAAAAUUGGGUUUCAAUGGAAAAAGGGGUAUAUAUUGUGAAAGAACCCCCUGCAGAUACCAUAAUCUCAGUUUAAAACUUUAAAAUGAACCCUGGUCACAGAUUAAAAGUGUGCUAAUGCAAAACUGUCAUGAAUGUUGAAGGGUGGGGGGGGGUAGUCUCAAAACAUGCAAUAAGGUGUUUUUAAAUGUUAAGUUGUGACGGGGUUCUCUAUUAUCCCUCCACAACGUUACUCUUAUGCCAUCUCUGUGAUAAUGUGCACAACUUUAAGCAUGGGACAGAUGACAAGAACAGAUUUGGACACCCCACUGUGUCGCAGACAUCGUUUGCCACCACAUGCGCCAAGGUGGGAGUCUGAGAUGGAAGAGCAGAUGCUGCACUCUAUGUGGGCACACUUGUUUGUAGUUAGUUCAGAGUGGCUUUGGUUAGUGUUACAGUAGUUUAGUUUUUUUUGUUUUGUUAUGGUAAUAUAUGUAAAAUGGCUCAAAGUAUAAAAAUGCACAUGCACAAUAAACUCGUAUCAUAUAAUUGGACAUCUGAACGACUUUUAAAUACUGUUUUUGCCUAUACAAGACCAGACUGCAUGUGAAAUAAAAAUGAUUAAUUGCCUCCUGAAA